AAAACUUAACCUAUAAAUCAGUAUUUUUGACGGCUAGAAGCACGCGACUCAUUGUCUUUUCUAUUCGAUUAUAUUUCUCUGCAUACGGUUUUUUUUACAAAAUGUUCGGUGGACAACAGCCUAUAUUGGUUUUAAGCCAAAAUACAAAAAGAGAAUCUGGUCGAAAAGUGCAGCUGGAGAACAUAAAUGCCGGAAAGGCAAUUGCUGAUGUAAUUCGAACAUGCUUGGGACCACAAGCUAUGUUGAAAAUGUUGAUGGAUCCAAUGGGUGGCAUUGUAAUGACCAAUGAUGGUAAUGCUAUCUUGCGUGAAAUCACAGUUCAACAUCCAGCUGCAAAGAGUAUGAUUGAAAUUGCCCGAACACAAGAUGAAGAAGUGGGCGAUGGUACCACAUCGGUUAUCGUUUUGGCUGGUGAAAUUUUAACCGUGGCUGAGCCAUUCUUAACUCAACAAAUCCAUCCAACGGUAAUUAUUCGCCAGUUCCGAGAAGCUCUUGAGUACAUCAUUGAAUUACUUGAUGGAUCCAAAUUCAAUAGCCUCAGUGUUCCGGUUGAACGUACUGACAAAGAAACAAUGCAAAAAGUCAUAAAAUCGUGUGUUGGAACGAAAUUCAUCGGUCGUUGGGCAGAUUUGGCUGUUCAAAUUGCAUUGGAUGCAGUUGAAACUGUUGCUAUUAGCGAUAAUGGUCGCACAGAAGUCGAUAUCAAGCGAUACGCUAAAGUGGAAAAGAUUCCAGGUGGUUCAAUCGAUGAUUCGUGUGUAUUGAAGGGUGUUAUGGUCAACAAAGAUGUAACACACCCAAAGAUGCGUCGUGAAAUCAAAAAUCCGCGAAUCGUUUUGCUUGAUUGCCCAUUGGAAUACAAGAAGGGCGAAAGCCAAACAAGCGUUGAAAUUGUUGGUGAUACUGAUUUCACAAGAAUGCUUCAAAUUGAAGAGGAGCAUGUACAACGUGUUUGCGCGGACAUUAUUGCUGUUAAACCAGAUUUGGUGUUCACAGAAAAAGGCGUUUCUGAUUUAGCACAACAUUAUUUGGUAAAGGCUGGAAUUACAGCCAUUCGACGUGUACGAAAGACCGAUAAUUUGCGUAUCGCUCGUGCCUGUGGAGCUACUAUUGUAAAUCGUACGGAAGAAUUGACCGAAAAUGAUGUUGGCACUGGUGCUGGACUAUUUGAAGUGAAGAAAAUAGGCGAUGAAUAUUUCACCUUCAUUACCGAAUGCAAAGAUCCAAAAGCGUGUACGAUUUUAUUGCGUGGUGCCUCAAAAGAUGUACUCAAUGAAACUGAACGUAACUUGCAAGAUGCUUUGCAUGUAGCACGUAAUUUAGUCAUUGAACCACGCAUUGUACCAGGUGGUGGUGCCAUUGAAAUGGCUCUGUCAUUGGCAUUGAUUCGUAAAAACAAUCAAUUCCGUGCAAUUGCACAAGCUUUGGAAAUUAUUCCGCGUACAUUGGCACAAAAUUGUGGAGCAAACACCAUUCGUACAUUGACAGCAUUGAGAGCUAAACAUGCAUCACAGCAAUCUGGAUUGUGCAGUUGGGGUAUUGAUGGGGAAAGUGGACAAUUGGUUGACAUGACUGAACGCGGUAUCUGGGAACCAUUGUCUGUUAAAUUACAAGUUUAUAAAACAGCAAUUGAAACAGCUAUUCUUUUAUUACGUAUCGACGAUAUUGUGUCCGGUUCCAAGAAGAAGAAUAGCGACGGUGGUAUUCCAACACCAAGCCAAGCAGCAGCAGGCGCUGAAUAAAUUCAUAAAUUGAACCUCAAAUACUAAUAACAAUUAUAUUUUUUCCGCUUAUUUUCACAAAAAAUUCACACUUUUCAGCAUUUAAAAAAAAACUUAAACACUAAUGCAUUUUGUUUCAUCCAUUGCCGAAACUCUUCUUCAAUGUAUUAUUCCUUCAUUAGUUUGAUGAGAAAAAAAAACACGUUUUUGUAACUGAACAAAUAAAAAUAAUAAACACUUCAUGAGAGUUACAAUUAAAA